GUCUUAUUGAGAAAUUUAGAAGGCUGAAUUUUUUUUAUUAUUUUUUUUAAUUACUAUUCUGAGUACUACGUUUGCCUGUGGUGUGUAUUAUUAGUUAGGUUUAGAACUAAUGCAAUUUUGAGUUGUUGAUGGGUAUUGAUCUGCGAAUUGGUGAACUCAUGUUGAACCGGCACAGGGUUACUGGGGCUGUCUCCACUCAAACGCAUUUCGGCAUUGUGCCAUCUUCAGUGAGGAACUGUCUGUCAGUUCGUCUGAGUAGGGUUUAUAUGUCUGUUAAAUAAUCAUUAUUUAAUGAUCACUAAAUACUACACUCAGAACUUUGAAAAGGUUGAAGCAAGCGGUGCUUGGGGAAAAAACAAAUCUCUUAGUUUUAAAAUCCUCGUAUCAUCUUAGUAAAGUAAAUGGAGUAAUGCCAGGGAAAAUAAAAUUGUAUAAUGAUCAGGGAUGCCUAAUUAUUAUUAUCCAUUUGGAAAAGUUCGGCUGUACCUUUUUAAUUACAUUUUUCAAAUUUUAAAUUAGGUUGAAUUUUUUUGUUUUUUAAUUUUGUCAAAACGUCCAUAGAACACAGCUUUGCCUUUCAACAAAUGGAACAGGUGUAUUAAUUUUUUAAUUUAUAAUAACUCAGUAAUGUUUUUUAGGCCUUCCAUAUGUAAUAGUUUUUACACAAUCUUUGAAAUUUUCGUUUUAUUUUUGUGUGAUUGUCAGAAAUGAGUUUUAACAGUGUUUUGCAUUGCAAGCAAAAGAGCAUGCCGAUUUUAAUAAAUCCUGCCGAUGGGAUAGAUCUCAGGCCGUGUUAUCAGUGCAGCACAUCCCAGCCGGAUAGAGAUACCGAUUUUUUCAGCCCUCCGCCGGAUCCUUGGAGGAUGAUGUACUACCCUUUUCCUCCGUAUACACCAGGAAUGCCCCCGUAUUCAUACUACAUAUAUCCAGUGUUUGGAGAAAAUCUUGGCUUAGGACCUAGGUCGACUCGUUCAUUUCCUUGUGCGUGUCCACCAAAAAACACAUGUCAAAAUUAUUUUCAUUGCAACGCUUCUCGUAACGCUCCUAGAAUGUGUUCUAUGAAACUUGAGUAUUAUCAAUGCCCUUGCUGUAACUCGUUCUUCAAUCCUCUUGGUGAAUAUACUAAUGUGCAGCCACCGACAUUAAUUUUGCCACCCAAGUGUCACCCGUCAAUGUCGCAAUUCAAAAAAGACAGUUCAGAUGAAUGUGUUUCCGUUCUGUCAAAACCAGUACCUGAAUGCACUGAUAAUGCAAAGAGUCUGCCAUCUUCAUCUAAAUCGUGCCCAGCAGCAUAUGAAAUGGUCCAGAAAAGUCAAAGCAGGGAUAUAAAUAAUAGUGGUAAUCCAGAAAGAUGUCAAGAGAGGAUUAGAUGCAUCCCUCCUUGUCAGCAACCUUUUCCUUCAUUUGUAAGUUUACCGAAUGGAAAUGCUAAGUUCAGUAAUGUAUGCCAGGCUGGUGGUGCUGCUGCUGCACUUUCAUCUGGUUCGAAGACACCAAAACAACAACAUUCGACCUGCAAGUUGAAUUGCUGUGUACCAAAAGGUAAAUCGAGUCAUUUGGUCGCAGGAAAGAAAGAAAAAAUUCCCCUUGCUAGGAAAUGCUCUACCUCACAAACUACAUGGGACGUUGAUGAUGUUCACACUAACACUUCUGAUCUGGAAAUUGCAGAAAAUAAAGUAGUGAUUGAGAAACCGCCAAGUAUGUUUAAAGCUUGUGGUUGUAAAGACAAUGAGUUAGACACCAAGGCUUUAAUUCGUGCUCUGAAAGAAUUUAAAGCUUGUAAGUGCUCUAGAGAGGAUACUGAAAUUGUUCCAGCACGUUUACCUGUCAAGCCGGAACCUGCACCACCCCCAUCCACCCCAAUGAUCUGUCCCGGUCCAAAGAAGCCAAAGAAACGAAAAUCUAUUCGUGAACACAGUCCUUCGCCCUCCCCAGUAAAAGAAAAAACUCCAUCACUUCCACCUCCUGAAGUAAAGAAGGAAAAGAAAGAGAAAAAUGUGAAGGAAAAGGGUAAAGAAGAGAAGGAAAAGAAGAAAGAAGAGAAGGAAAAGGACAAGCCAAAGAAAGAGAAAGAAAAAAAGGAAUCUCUGCCCACCACACCAGUGCCUCCAGCUCCUCCAAGUACGCCAGUGUCACAAUCAUCUCAGAAGAAGCCACCUUCUAAGAAAAAAAGAGAUUCGAAUAUAGACAAAUCGGAUUCUGUGAAGAAAACUUCAUUAUUUGCAAAAAAAAUGAAGGAGAAGAAAAAGAAAUCUGCAGUGAAAGAGGAUAAGCGCACAAAAUUGAAAAAAAGACUUAAAGUCAUUGACAGCCUGAAGAACUUAUCGUCUUUCACUGCAACUCAUCCUCUGACAUUAUUCUAAAAAUAUAACUUUUCUUUCUUAUCGUAAA